AUGGUGGACGUUUGUCUGUUCAAAACCAUCGGGCUGUACCACUUGUUGUGGCCGACCGCGAGCGUCGGAACGUUCGGUAUCUGGUUCCGGAAGGUAUUACUAGUGAUUUCUGCGCUGAUUUCCGUCCUGUACGCCGUGCAGCUGAGCGUUUUGUACCUGGCCAUCGGCGAUUUCUCACGUCUCGCGUACAUGGUACUGCUGAUCACAGUCGCGUACACGUGCGUGUUCAAGACCUACGUGCUCCUCCGGUAUGCCGACAAGAUGUGGCCGAUAUUGGGACUGGCCGAGUACGCGUUCACGUCUUCGGGACGCCGGGAUCCGUCUAAACUGGUCCGUUGUCGAUACACACUGUCCACGGUGCUCCGGGUGUAUGUCGGGCUCAACUACUGCACGCUGAUCGGCUGGCUGGUCUUUCCGUUCUUCGUCCACGAAUCCGUGCCCGUCACUAACCUAGACGGCACGAUAGCGCAGUACCGGACCGCCAUUUUCAACCUGUGGACCCCGCUGUCCGAACAGGUGUACAACUCGCCACUCAGCUUCACAACAAUUUGCCUGGCCGAGAUUCUCAUCUGUUCGUACAACGUGCUCCUCUGGACCAUAUUCGACUGUUACGUAAUGACCGUGUGCUACGCGAUACACGCUAAUUUCUACACUGUGAUCGCCGGCUAUCAGACUCUCGGUCAGUCCGGUAAAUAUAUUAAUGUACAUAAAUAUUUUUUUAAUUUCGUAUUGUGGUCAGUAUCGGAAAACUAGUUUUAAAAGUAGACAGCCGACGAUAAACUUACUAUGCUGUGUGUUUUCGCGUCAAUUUUCGUUUUAGCCGUUACGAACAUCUAUCGUGAUCAAAACACCCACUCGGAAACUGACCAUUUCAAAGAUCUGGUGAUUUGCAUUGAAGACAACCAGAAACUAAUCAAGUAAACAAAAACCUAUCUAUAUUGAUUAUGAAAUAAAUUACGUAGUGAUCUAUAAGGGCUAUUGUUUUUGAACGGUUAAAAAUUCGUCGGAACAAUCCACGAAUAAUGAAACACGGUGAACAAAAUCUAUCAAGUCUUAAAUAAACUUGUUAUGGGAACGUUCGAGUCGAAUAUACCAUGUAUAUAUAUAUACAUAAGUCGGCUAAAAGUAAAACUCUCACAAUACAGGUAUUCAAACAAAUAAUGAGUUUGCGUUAUUGCAACAUUGUUUUAUAGGAUUUUUGAUGGUUAAUCCCAUUCUGUAAUCAGUUCGUUUCAAAACACACAAGAACGGGUUUGAAUUUAACCAGGAGUGCAGCGAUUUCUUUGUUAAUUUCGGUGGUUCCGUUAGUUACGUUAGUAUUAAUUCCUCAAGCCAAUCAAAUCAGCGCCAGAAAUCGUAUUAUAAUCCGUUUAAAUAAUAUCGAAAUUCGCAUAAUCCAAACUUCGGUCACAGAAAAUCAUAUAGAUAAUGGCUAAAAUCUUAAAUUUUGAAGACCGCUUCGAGUUACUUACAAUAAAUUGUAUAAUACUAAUGAUUUAUGGACUACUUCAUUGUACUGAACAAACCAUGUACAGUGUUUUCAUUUUCUGAAAAUGUGAUUUUUGAACACGCAUAAGUUUUACUCUUAGCUUAGGUACCCAUAUUCCAUUUAAUUAAAGCAAUGCGAAAUUCACAAUCGUAUCGUGACUUAUACGUCAACUACAGUAGUAAUUUUUGUUGAUACAGGAAAUAUGAUGAAUUUUUCGAAAUCAUUCAAUCCGUGGUUCUACUCCAAAUAUCAAUGGGUUCGGUAUCGGUUUGUCUGUUGAUAUAUUUCACUUCGCUAGUAAUAACUGAACACAUUAUUUUGAGCAAGUCGAUGUAAGUACCAAUUCGUUAAGACGUUCCUUUUUUUCUUUAUAGAUGUACGUGACCGGCUGGUCGCUUCUGUCCAUACCAGUUAUAAAAUUUUUCUCCGGCGCUCUAGUCAUGGGGAUACAACUGUUUUUCUAUUGUUACGCAUUCACUUACGUCGAAAUUGCCGUUAGAGAAAAACCCAAAGCCUUAGCUGUGUAAUACUAAAAAUUAAAACAUUAUAUGAUUUACUUUGCAGAAGUCUACGGUGAAUUUCGGAUUGUAUAGUGGCAAUUGGACGGAAAUGGAUUUGAAAUUCAAAAAGACCUUGUUGUUGGCAAUGCGUAUGAAUUCUUCUUAUAAAUGCACGAUAAAACUUACACCGCUCUCCAAUGUAAAUUUGGAAAUGUUUUCUAAGGUGAGUACUUGAUAAUGAUUAUCCCUUAACCUAAAUCAUAACAUCAGAACGUGUCACGAUAAUAUUUUUAGGUGAUGAAAAUGUCGUAUUCGAUAGUGUCGUUGUUACUGAACACGAGCGUUGAUCAAUCAGUCGAGAAAUGA